CUUGAACCACGAUGAUUGCGGUGGAUUUGAUUGAUGACAGUGGCAGUUCAGGAUGAAUCGUUGGUCGGGUAAGGUCGCCGUGGUCACUGGCGCGAGCGCUGGAAUUGGCGCGGCUAUUGCCAGAGAACUUGUGCGCAAUGGAUUAACUGUCGCCGGACUUGCAAGAAGAGCCGACAAAAUCGAAGAGUUGGCUUCGACCCUAGGAGAUCAAUCAGAAAAACUACACGCAGUCGAGUGUGAUGUCUCUCGGGAGGAGAGUGUGAUCUCUGCUUUUGCAUGGGUGAAGGAACACUUGGGAAGGAUCGAUGUGCUCGUCAAUAAUGCCGGAAUCACUAUAGAAACUACACUGAGUGAAGGUCGCUUAGAGGACUGGAAAACAGUUUUCGAUGUCAAUGUACUGGGGCUUUGUUUAGCCACCCGAGAGGGACUGAAAAUCAUGAGGGAAACUGAGGACGAGGGUCUCAUCGUUCACGUCAGUAGUCUCGCUGGUGAGAGAGUUCCUGCAGUCCCCGGAUUCAGUAUUUAUCCAGCCUCGAAACGAGCGAUAACUGCACUGGCACAAUCUCUACGAAAUGAACUCGUCGGAUCAAAAAUUCGUGUUACAUCAAUCACUCCAGGUCUUGUAGCCACAGAUCUGAUGGCAACAUAUUCGUCAUUCUCCCAGGAAAUUCUGAACGCAAUGCCUUCAUUGAAACCUGACGACAUUGCAGCUGCAAUAAUCUACGCCUUGUCCACACCACCCCAUGUUUCGGUGCAAGAAAUUAUUCUGCGUCCAGUGGGUGAAUCCUGGUAGAAAUCUCCUGGCUCUCCUCAUGUGAUACUUCGCAUUAAAAAGUCUAUUCUCUAUUCAUGAUGAAAAAAAUAUUGUCAAUUUCCAACAUCUGAAUAAAUAAAAUACUCCAAGA